AUGAUCGAGAUAUUUAGGAUAUUGGUUGAUUGCAGUAAAAAGAUACAUAAUAGUUUAUUUAAACAUUCAUCAAGACAAAUAUAUCAAGAUUUUAAAAAAAUAACAUAUGAUCAUAUAGAAAAAGAAGAUGAAAAAUCUAUAUGUAAUGAGUUCUAUUCUGGAAAUAGUACGAAAGAAAUUUAUAUGAAUCAUCAAAAAAAGAUAAUUCAAAAAAAUCUUUCUCAAUGUAUGAGUUUUGAAAAAUAUACAUUAAUUGAAAAAAUGGGAGAUGGAGCACACAGUGAGGUAUAUAAAGCAAUUUGUAAUGAAACAAAAGAAUAUGUUGCUAUUAAAGUGAUUCGUAAAUAUCAGCUUAAUUAUACACAGAAGGUUAAUGUUUUUAAAGAAAUUCGGAUUAUGCAGGACAUAAACCAUCCAAAUAUUCUACGUUUUCUUGGAUUUUUGGAAAACAAUGAUUAUUAUUUUCUUAUUCUUGAGCUUGUUGAAGGAGGAGAAAUUUUUUACCAAAUUGUUCGACUUACGUAUUUUUCAGAGGAACUUUCUAAACAUGUUAUUACACAAGUUGCUCAUGCUAUACAUUAUCUUCAUGAAGAAAAAGGAGUAGUUCAUAGAGAUAUUAAACCGGAAAAUAUUCUUUAUAAACCGAUACCAUUUGUUCCAAGAAAACAUGCUAAAUCAAAAAUGGAUAUGGAUAAAGCUGAUGAAGGAGAAUUUAUUCAAGGUCUUGGUUCUGGCACUAUUGGUCAAGUUAAAAUUGCAGACUUUGGGCUUAGUAAAGUUAUUUGGGAUAGACAAACAAAAACUCCUUGUGGUACUAUUGGUUAUACUGCUCCAGAAAUUAUUAAAGAUCAAAAAUAUUCUAAAUGUGUUGAUAUGUGGGCCUUAGGCUGUGUUCUUUAUACAUUUCUUUGUGGAUUUCCGCCAUUUUAUGAUGAAAAUACUCAAGUUCUUUCAAGAAAAGUUGCUAGGGGCGAAUUUUCUUUUUUAAGUCCAUGGUGGGAUAACAUCAGUAAAAGCGCACAAGAUCUUGUUAGUAAUCUUUUAACAGUUGACCCUAAGAAACGAUAUACUAUUAACCAAUUUUUGAAUCAUCCAUGGAUUCGAGAAUCCAAAAAAGAAGCUCUUCAAGAUAACGUAUCCUAUGUUUCUAACUCUUUAACUCUCAAUUCUAUUUCUUCAUGGUCUUAUAUAAGAGAUUAUCCUACAUGUAAGGAAUAUAAAAAUUACUUUAGAUCUUCUGAUGCUAUUUCUUUGCGUGAUGUAUUUGACAUCUCCUAUAAAAUUCAACGUAUGAAAGAAGAAAGUACAUAUCAAACUUCUGUAUUAUUAGAUAAUACUUUUCAUAACAAUAUGAACAUUUCUUAUUAUAUCGAAGAAACAAUACAAAAGAAAUUACAUUCUCAAAUAUACCAUACUGUUAAAGAAAAUAUUUAUACUCCAAAAAAACAUUCAAAACAUACUAAUGAGGAGGAAAAAAAAUACAAUUCAUCCCUUCAUUCUCUUUAUCUUUCACAUUUACAUUCUUCAACUGACAAUUUUUUAUAUGACUCUGAAUCUUGUCUUGAAUUACUAUUAGAAAAAUCUACACUUUUAUGUCGUAGAAAGGCUUUACUUGCUCUUUAA